UGCAUGUCUUUUUUUGUUUUCAGCUCCAAAGCAGAUAACUUCAGCUCAUCUGAAGCAGCGGCAGCAUGUUCCAGUAGGCCUCCCAGUGUUCCCAGUGGGGUAAGGAGGACAUGGUGAACUCACUCUGCCUGACUCUGCUCACCUGCGUUCCCCUGCUGUGGCUUGUGAGGGAAUCUGCAGGGAUGCCGGACCCCGCUCGCAGGGACCUGCUGAUGCGUGAGGAGGCGUCCCGGCAGACGGGAGGCCUGCUGGCGCUCACGGCGGCCGAGCAGAAGCUGGACGCCAACCUGCAUCGGUUUAAAGAGCAGGAGAUGGCGGCCACGCUCUUCCUUCCUGCCUUACACUUCUUCAAGGCAAAGCCGCUCAUCGAGAAGAGCGCCAUCUACAGACUGCUGCAGAAGAUGCCUAAAGGCGCUGCACUCCACAUCCACAGUUCAUCGCUGGUCAGCGCCGAAUGGCUGGUGAAAAACGUCACCUACAGACCUCACUGCUACAUCUGCUUCACGUGGGACAACUCGGUCCGCUUCCUGUUCUCCACUCUGCAGCCCUUCCCUCGGUGGGACUGCUUCUACUGGCAGCUGCUAGAGUCGCUCAGAGCCAGGAUAGGGGACAAUGCAGGAUUUGACAGCAGUUUAAUCCAGCACCUCACACUGUUUACUGAGAAUCCAGAUGGUGAAUAUCCAAACCAGGAUGUUGUGUGGGAGAAGUUUGAGAAGGCCUUCAUCGCCGCUGCGGGGUUGAUCACCCACGCUCCCGUUCUGAGGGAUUACAUCUACCAGGGAUUAGAGGAGCUUCACAGGGACAACGUCAUGUACCUGGAGCUGAGGAGCGGUCUGUCCAGGACGUAUGAACUUGAUGGAACGAUUCACGACAAGAUCUGGACUCUGAAGCUGUUCCAGGAAGUGACAUCAAAGUUCAAACAAAAUUAUCCAGAGUUCUUUGGAGCCAGGAUCAUAAUUUCAGUCCACAGGGCUCUGAGCGUUUCAGAGGUCAAGGCUGCUGUGACAGAGGCCAUCCAGCUGAAGAAAGACUUCCCAGACGUUGUUGCAGGAUUUGACAUGGUCGGCAGGGAGAAUAGUGGGCGGACUCUUUGGGACUUCAGAGAAGCUCUUUCCCUGCCAGCUGAGCUGGGAGCAUCGCUGCCGUACUUCUUCCAUGCAGGAGAGACGGGUCAGUCACCUUAU